UCCCUUCCCAGCCUCCGUUUGCAGCCACCUCGGUCAGGGAGCUCCUCUGUCCCCACUGAGCCUGUGAGUGACCCCCUUGGUAGAGGAGCCGAGCCAUGUGGAGUCUCGGGGCCCCGUUUGUGCUGCUGACCGCCUGCCUGGCAGUGAGUGCCAACCCCGUGCCCACGCUGCCGGACAACAUCCAAGUGCAAGAGAACUUCGACGUGUCCAGGUUCUACGGGAAAUGGUUCCACGUGGCCAUAGGCUCCACCUGCCCCUGGCUGGUGCGGUUCAAGGACAGGCUGACCAUGAGCGCGCUGCUGCUGAGAGAGGGAGCGACCGAGAGGCAGAUCAGCACGACCAUUACUCGUUGGCGGAGAGGCGUCUGUGAGGAGCUCUCUGGGACUUAUGAGAAGACAGACACCGAGGGGAAGUUCCUCUACCACAAAUCCAAAUGGAACAUCAGCAUCGAGUCCUAUGUGGUCCACACCAACUAUGAUGAGUAUGCCAUUAUUCUGAGCAAGAAAUUCAGCCGCCGCCACGGACCCACAAUUACUGCCAAGCUCUACGGGCGGGGGCCACAGCUCCGGGAGAGCCUGCUGCAGGAGUUCAGGGAGGUCGCCCUGGGUGUGGGCAUCCCCGAGGACUCUAUCUUCACCAUGGCCGACAGAGGAGAGUGUGUCCCUGGGGAGCAGGAAAAGGACAAUGUCCUUAUUCCCAGAGCCCGGCGGGCUGUGCUGCCCCAGGAACAGGAAGGAUCGGGGGCUGGGCAACCGGUAACUGGUUCAAUAAAGAAAGAAGAUGCCUGCCAACUGGGCUACGAAGCAGGUCCUUGCCUGGGGAUGUUCAGGGCGUAUUUCUAUAACGGCUCCUCCAUGGCCUGUGAGCCUUUCCUGUAUGGCGGCUGCCUAGGCAACAACAACAAGUUUGCCUCGGAGAAGGAGUGUCUGCAGACCUGCAGAACCGUGGCGGCCUGCAACCUCCCCAUAGUCCCCGGCCCCUGCCGAGCCUUCAUCGAACUCUGGGCGUUCGAUGCCGUGCAGGGGAAGUGCAUCCGAUUUCAAUAUGGGGGCUGCCAAGGCAACGGCAACAAGUUCUACUCCGAGAAGGAGUGCAAGGAGUACUGCGGCGUCCCUGGCGACGGAGACGAGGAGCUGCUGCGCUUCAACAACUGACAGGUCCAAGGCCAGUGGUCCAAGCCAGAGGACGGCGGGGAGGCUGCGGGCCAGUGUCUGCCCCCGGGCCCCACAUCGGGCAGGCCGGGCCGAGGGACCUGGGUUCAAAUAAAAGCCAAAUCAUGGACUCCUGA